UUUUAUAUUCAGGAGCUAGAGAAUCUCUUCUCGGAACAUUUCGGACGGACCCCUCUAAACACUCCCGCUGCAUCCCAAAUCAGUGACAAUGAAGUUCUUUCGGAUGACUCUGAUGACGACCUGCCUGUUAAUAAGGCGGUGGAUCUUGAUCAACGUGCUAUGCAGUUUCUUGAUAAAACAAACUCUUCGGACAUAGAUGCAAGUGGGGACGACACAGAAGAUGAAGACCAAAUAAAUUUGAAUGAUAUCGCAAAUGUGCCUCUUCCCGAGGAUGAUCCUGAUCUGUAUAAAAUCAGAGAAACCAUGGUACAGGGAUGCGGCUGUAAGAACAUGUGCCUCUCUCUGUUUAGCAAUGAUGUUUUAUAUACUCACAUCCUUAACAUGAGGGAGAUGUCAAAGGAAGAGAAGGACAUGUAUGUCAUGGGUUCUCUUGUAGACAACAGUAAGGAGACAACCAAACGCGGAAAGAAGAGACUGCGUUCACGACAAACAUUCAUGUUUUCUGGUGAGAAAGUGUGCAAGAAAACUUUUAUGCUUGCUUAUGACAUUGGUAAGCGCUUUCUUCGAUACGUUUUAACACACAUGAAUACACAUGGGGUAACACCACGCAAACAUGGAAAAACUGGGAAGAAACCUAGUCAUUCACCUAAAUAUUGUGAUAUUAGGUCAGUGGUCCAAUUUGUUUCUAAUUUUGCUGAUGACUUUGGACUACGACAACCAGCUGCUCCAAGAGGACGAGACGAUGUUCCUCCAAUAUACAUCCCAUCAGACAUGACAAAAAAAGCUAUUCAUGAUAAUUACGUGGAAACCUGCCCUAAUGAACGGCAUGUACAAUACUCCACAUUUUGCAACGUUUAG